UGCCUGUGCCCGGCGGGGAGAACGGGACUCGCCGCAGCGGCUGGAAGCGGGGCGGGGGUGGCGGUGUCCUCCGCGCUGGAGGUCUGGCCUGGCAGGCUGGGGGAAAGCGGACUCGUUAGUCGAGAGGUUCUGGGUUUUGCUUCUCUUCUUUUUAAUAUUUGAUUCCAAGUCGUCACGAGUAUGGUAGCACACGUUCAUGACUAUAGAGUUAAGGGCAUUUGAAAGGCUGCUUCCUUUUGAUGACUCGGGUGGAUAUUUAUUUUGCAGUUGGGAAGAUGCAGGAAAACUCCGUUUAGUGCAGUAAGGUAUUUAACCGAGGGGCAUCAAAGCAGACACGUGCAGUGAGAACACACGGUGUGCUUUAUACUGUUGCAGAAAAGCAGCUCUAACAGUGAAUUUGCGAUGCCAAAACCAUAGCUGUUUUCCUUCUUGGAAUUCCUGUAUUUCCUCCCCAGUUCAUGCAGUGCUCAGAAGAGCGUCAGCCAGCACCUGCCAGUGUUCGUUGGGUCCAUAAUGAUGUCGUGGUACCUGACUUCUCUGCCUAUCGUCGUCAAGACGUGCUAGAUGCCACCACAUCUUCUCAAAGCAGCAGUGAAGCUAGAAAAGGGUUUUCCUACCUGGUGACUGCAACAACAUGUGUAGCAACUGCAUAUGCUGCUAAAAAUGUUGUCACCCAGUUUAUUUCCAGCCUGAGUGCCUCUGCUGAUGUGCUAGCGUUGUCAAAGAUUGAGAUCAAGUUAUCUGACAUUCCAGAAGGCAAAAACAUGGCUUUCAAGUGGAGAGGGAAGCCCCUUUUUGUGCGUCACAGAACCCAAGCAGAGAUUAAUCAGGAAGCUGAAGUUGAUUUGUCUAAACUGAGGGAUCCGCAGCAUGACUUAGACAGAGUAAAGAAACCAGAAUGGGUCAUAUUAGUAGGUGUCUGCACUCAUCUUGGCUGUGUACCCAUUGCUAACUCUGGAGAUUUUGGCGGUUAUUACUGCCCUUGCCAUGGGUCCCAUUAUGAUGCCUCUGGCAGAAUCAGGAAAGGUCCUGCUCCCUAUAACCUUGAGGUUCCAACUUACCAGUUUCUUGGUGAUGAUGUAGUGGUUGUUGGCUGAAUAACGAGGUGAUUGCUCACUUUCAUGUUCCUGUGAAUGUACACUCAAAAGGGUUAACAGAUUCUGGAAUACCGUAAAACCAGAUGAUCCUAAAAACAUAUUAGCUGUGUAGAUUCUCAACCAGAAGUAUGUUCGAAUACUUCCCUGUGUUCAAUUUUAAUAAAAACUUGGAGUAAGCACUUGUUCCUGA